CCCCGUUGCCAGGGACUGCAUGGUGAAGGAACAUUGUCCAGCCCUGGAGGGGGUGGUGCAGUGGGAACCCAGAGGGGCCCCUCCCCUGACCUGCCAGGCAACAGGGCCUCCUAUCAGGGAGGGGAGCCAGACCUGCAGAAGGGGACUGGAGCCAGCAAGGCGGAGUUGAGGCAAGAUGACAGCUACUCAGAAACACAAUCUCUUCACGCCAGAACCUCACUAUAUCCCUGGCUAUGCUGGCUUCUACCCUCAGCUGCGCUACCAGGUGGGGAACACCUAUGGGCGCACCACAGCGCAGCUGCUCACAGACCCCAGCGUGCGCAAGAGCCCCUGCUCCGUGCUGUCCCCCACAUCCAAGCCCAAGUUCAUCGAGGACUUCAGCAAGUCCAAGCCACCUUGGAUCCCCUGCCGCGACCUGAUUGAGCCCUACAUCCCCCACUACACUGGUCUGAAGCCCUACAAGAACUUUGAGAUCCUGGGUCGAUUCCCACCCCAGGAGGCGGACACCCAGGGGCCACCUGGGGUACAGAACGCAUCCGCGCAGGUCCAGCUGCCUGCAGGCUUCAUGCCCUAUCCCUGCUACCCUCCACGCUCACCAGGCAGGAAGGGGGACUCCAGGGACUUUGGACACCCGGGCCUGCGGCUGGCCUAUGGGGAAGAGGGCUGGAAGAGCACCAUCCCUGACCACGAAGCCCCUGGGUGGCACCAGCUGUACCACUACAGGAGGGACGAGUGCCUGCCCCCAGCCCGCCAGCAGGAGACACUAGAUGUGGGCAGGUUCCACAGGCUGCCCCAGCUGGAUCACCCCAAACUGAUCCAACGCAAGGCCAUCUCAGGCUAUGCUGGCUUUGUCCCCCGGUUUGCCUGGGUGUUGGGGAUGAAUUACCGCAAUGGGGUCACACAGGCUAUGGACGAGUUUGACAAGAACCAGUUCCUGUUCAGAAAUCCCAUCUGUGCCCUGGGUGAGCGGUUGCCCAGGACACACUGGCCCAGCAACACCAUCUACAGCAGCAAAGGCCUCAUACCUUUCUACAUGGGCUUCAUACCAUCCAUGCAGAACAACUUUGCGCUGACGUUUGGGAACAGUACCCGUAAGGCCUAUCAGAAGGAAAUGAAGAGGCGAAAACAGACACUAUGAAAACGCUUUAAUGAUGGUGUCUGUACAGCACAUGACAUCAAGACAGGAAGGAGAGCAAGUGGACACACAAUGAGACGUGGCUAUCAGGGAACAGACUGCGAGUGAAUAAAGAGUUCACAAGGCUCCCGUGCUCUACCGGGUAUCAGACAGCUCUAGGCCACCUCCUCCUCCGCCUCCUCCUCAAAC